CUCCUGCAUUGCUGUACAAGCAGCUGUUUCACUACUGAAAUUCAGUUCAUGCGAGAUCACUGUUGGAGCAGGAGGUAGUACAGGCAAGGAGAGAGGCGCAGACAGACACUGUCGCGCUCCCACUGCUGAGCGAAGCGCAUACAUCGACGCACAACAACUCUGCUUGCAGUCCCCGGGUUACUCUACCGUAUGUUACCUGUGCGGAGAGUCUGAGACAGAACAAGGAAUCGAUGGGAAGGGUGGUGGAUUAGAAUAUUUAGUGCAAAAAAUACACUUUUGAUGUGUCGCUGAAAAGAAAACAAAGAAAGACAAAUAACUAUUGGGACGAGAAACAGAUAUUCAGUUUUCUUCUAAUCGGCAUUACAGCACUUGUGAAUAAAACAACUUGAACGGACAGAGAUGAUGGUGGUGGAGGUGGCGCUACACCCGAGCCCCUCUGUCAGCUGCAGGUCCGGGCUGGUGCUGCUGCUGUUUGCCCUCUGCGUCUGCACCGACGCCCAGCACGUAGCCGCGGUAACCAACCCCCUCCCUGCGGCCUUCUCGGACCUGCUGCCUCACUUCCUGGUGGAGCCAGAGGAUGUUUACAUUGUCAAGAACAAGCCAGUGACCCUGACCUGCCGCUCCGCUCCCGCUACGCAGAUCUACUUCAAGUGUAAUGGGGAGUGGGUUCACCAGGACAACCACAUGAUCGAGCGCUCCUUGGACCCCCCUACAGGUCUGCCAGUCAUGCAGGUGAAGAUCGACAUCUCCAGACAACAGGUGGAGAAAGUCUUCGGGCUCGACGACUUCUGGUGUCAGUGUGUGGCCUGGAGCACCUCUGGGACCCAGAAGAGCCAGAAGGCCUACGUCCGCAUAGCAUACCUGAGGAAGAAUUUUGAGCAGGAGCCACUGGGUAGGGAAGUGUCUCUGGACCAGGAGAUCCUGUUGCACUGCCACCCUCCAGAGGGAGUGCCCCCUGCUGAGGUGGAAUGGCUGAGGAACAAUGACUUGAUCGAUCCAGUUGGUGACCCCAAUUAUUACAUCACCAUUGACCACAACCUCAUCAUCAAGCGGGCGCGGCUAGCGGACACGGGCAACUACACCUGCGUAGCCAAUAACAUCGUGGCCCGACGCAAGAGUUCCUCAGCCACCGUCAUUGUCUAUGUCAAUGGCGGCUGGUCCACGUGGACGGGGUGGUCAGCCUGCAGCGCCACCUGUGGCCGGGGUUGGCAGAAGAGGAGCCGGAGCUGCACCAACCCCACCCCAUUGAACGGAGGGGCCUUCUGCGAGGGGCAGAACGUCCAGAAAAGUGCCUGCACCUCCACCUGCCCAGUAGAUGGAGGCUGGAGCGCCUGGAGUGUGUGGUCGGCGUGCGGAAUGGACUGUAACACGUGGCGCAGCAGGGAGUGCACUCAGCCAGUGCCGGGGAACGGGGGCAGAGAAUGCCAGGGACUUGAUCUCCAGUCCAGGAACUGCACCAGCGAGCUGUGCCCCCAGAGUGCCUCUGGCCAAGAGGACGUGGCCUUGUACGUGGGGAUCAUCUCUGUGGUGCUGUGCCUCACCCUGCUGCUCAUCGUGGUCAUCCUGGUGUACCGCCGCAAGAAGGCGGGCCUGGAUGCUGACGUGGCAGACUCCUCCAUCCUCACCACCGGCUUCCAGCCCGUGGGAGUCAAGCCCGCCAAACCAGAGAACUCCCAUUUGCUUACCAUCCAGCCCGACCUCACUACCACCACCACCAGCUACCAGGGCAGCCUGCAGACUCGGCACAAUGCCACCGGCAAGCUCCUGGUGUCCAAUGGGCCUCUGCUAGACCCGCUGCCGGACGGGCGGCACACCCUGCACAACGGCAAACUGACACCCGACCCCGCCAACUUCAUGACCAGGCUCUCCACGCAGAGCUACUUCAAAACCAUGCCCAGGGACAUGGCCAACACCUCAUACGGCACCUUCAACUUCCUGGGAGGGAGGCUGACCAUUCCCAGCACAGGAAUCAGCCUCCUCGUUCCUCCAGAGGCUAUUCCCAGAGGGAAGAUCUACGAGGUCUACCUCACCAUCCAGAAGAAGGAAGACAUCAGGUUAUCUCUAGCUGGCUGCCAGACCCUCCUGUCCCCCAUCGUGAGCUGUGGGCCUCCUGGGGUAGUGCUGACUAAGCCUGUUAUACUCAGUAUGGACCAUUGCGCAGAGGCCAGCCCUGACAGCUGGGCCAUGAAGCUGAAGAAGCAGUCUUACGAGGGCACCUGGGAGGAUAUUCUGCAGGUGGGGGAGGAGCUUCCCUCUGACCCCUACUACUGCCAGCUGGAGGCAGAGUCAUGCCGCAUCUUCACGGAGCAGCUGGGCCGCUUCACGCUGGUGGGGGAGUCGCUCAGCAUGGCAGCCGCCAAGAGGCUGAAGCUGGUCCUGUUCGCCCCCGUGUGCUGCACCACUCUGGAGUACAGCAUCAGGGUCUACUGCAUGGACGACACCCAGGACGUGCUCAAGGAAGUGAUGCAAGCGGAGAGGCAGUUGGGCGGACGCCUCAUUGACGAACCUCAGGUCCUUCUCUUUAAAGACAGCUACCACAACCUGCGACUCUCCAUUCACGACAUGCCCCUCGCACACUGGAGAAGCAAGCUCCUCGCGGGAUACCAGGAGAUCCCGUUUUAUCACAUCUGGAGCGGCUCUCAGCGGAGUCUGCACUGCACCUUCACGCUGGAGCGCAAGAGCCUGAGCAUCUGCGAGCUGGCCUGCAGGCUCUGCGUGUGGCAGGUGGAGGGGGAGGGGCAGAGCUUCAGCAUCCACUUCAACAUCGCCAAGGACAGCAGACCCCUGGACUCAGAGUUCUUAUGCUCAGACAGCAGUGCCCCAGCGCUUGCUGGCCCCAGCGCCUUCCAGAUCCCUUACCUGAUCCGACAGAAGAUCUGCAGCAGCCUGGACGCCCCCUGCCCACGCGGAGUUGACUGGAGGCUGCUGGCACAGCGACUGCAGCUUGACAGGCACCUAAACUUCUUUGCAUCGAAAGCCAGCCCCACGUCUGCGAUCCUGGACCUGUGGGAGUCCCAGCAUUUCCACAGAGGCAACCUGAACCAGCUGGCAGGCGUGAUGGCAGAGAUCGGCAAGCAGGAGGCCAUGAUCUUCCUGGUGAUGGACGGGGAGUGCUAAUGCCUGUGGAGUGCGGGAAGGGCAGCGAGUGAGUGAGUGAGUGAGUGAGUGCGUGUGUGAGUGCUAGUGAGGGAGAGGGGA